UUGGUACCUGUUAGCUUCUGCCGUCCAUCCCUAAACGUACGGGUUACUGAACCUCUGAAUAGCGUUUGCUUGAGUGCGACUUCACAAGCAAGUGUCUGUUCGUCCUGUUUGGCUCGAUCUCCGCAAACCAAUUCAUAACAUCAGUUUCACGAUGUCAGUCAUCGACUUCGAAAGCCUAUCGUCGAAACUGAGCGAGUUCACCGUGGUCGACGUCCGCCUUCGGGACGAGGUCAAAGAACAAGGGCAGCUUCCAGGGUCACACGUCCUGCCGGUACAAGAGCUGGAGGAAGCCAUGGAGCUGGCCGAGGACGCCUUCAAGGCGAAGUACGGAUUCCCGAAGCCCAGCGCCGAAGACCCCAACCUGGUCAUCUCCUGCAGAUCAGGCAGGAGGGUCGGGAUCGCCAACGAGGUCCUCCAGAAGAAGGGAUUCACCAAACACAGGCUGUACAACGGAUCGUUCCUGGACUGGGAGAAGAACGAAGGGACCAUCGUCAAGCCCGGGGUUCCUUUCGAGCCUGAGAAGUGAGGAUCGUUUGAUCGUGUGAUCGUCUCCCCCCUCCCACCCCGCCCCAGGAGAAGCUUAGAUAGCUGAGUGAAGCAGAAGGCUGUCUGAUAAGAUCUAGUGCUGUGAAAAGAUGUCAUAAUAACAACGGUCAUCGAUGCAGAAAAUAUAUGCACAGUUUCAAUUACAAAGGUACUUUUUUUUUUCUUGAGGUUUCCAGCAAUGCAGUUUUUUAGCCUUUACAACCCAAAUGUUUAUGAGGUUUGAUAGCGAAAUUUAUUCAUAAUGUACAAUCCCAUAUAUCACGUGCGUGAGCUGGUGUUAUGCUUUUACGCAUUUGUAUGUUUGCAUGAAUAUAAUGCUGCGUAUGUGUAAUAUUUGAAUAUGUUCAUUGUAUAUCUUCUUUUUUUUAAAUAUACAUGGUUAUUUUACUUUCAUAAGAAGAAACGUCAAAAUAAAUACAGCAUUUUGAA